ACAAUUUUUUACAAUUGCAUUUCGAAAGCCUCUCGAUCUUUCUUUUGAUCUGAUAUGGAUUCUUGAUCAUAAAAUAUAAAUUUACGUAACCUGUGUUACAUUAUAAAUGUGUUAUAAAUCAAAAUUCAAGUUACGAGUUUAAUUAAAGUCGAUUUCGUUGAGAGAUACAUUCAUAGAAUGUGUGUAUUUUUUUUCCCUUAACGUUGUUAGUAAUUGCACACUUCUUUCUUCGACAGCGAAAUAAGCACUAUGGAAGACGUUACGGUACCUUUGUAUUUGGAGCCAGUGCAGCAAAGAGAAUCUUGCGACAAAAGGCUUUGGAUAGGAAAUCUGGAUCUUCGAGUUAAUGAGUAUCAAUUACUGAAAAUGGUCCGCGUGUAUGGCAACAUCGAGAAGUUCGACAUGCUGUUCCACCGUAGCGGCCCAAAUGCUGGGCAGCCACGGGGCUUUGCUUUUGUCACAUAUAAGUUGAAACAAGAUGCAAUUAAUGCAAUGAAUUCAUUAAAUGGUCAGCUUCUUGGAAUGAAGAGGAUUUCUGUGAAGUUUGCCAAAAAUACUUCCGAUGACCAAGAUAAGCCAAAACCUGAACUGGGAAUAGCAGCUCUAAGCGGAGUGAAAACUGAGCUUAAACUUAGCAAGAAAACAGCUAUUCAGUCCAUUGAAGCCAAACUCAAAAUGAUGGAAAAUAUGAAAGCAGGAGAUGAUUUUGUUAUCAAUAAGCUAGCAGCAAACGAGACACCAAUCAUUGCUCAAUAUCAAACAAAGCAACAUCAGCCACCAAACAAAACUAUGACUUCUUUUAAAAGACGUCAUCCUUAUCAUAAAAAGAGAUAAUUGUGUUAGUAAUUCACAAAUAAUUUCCUAUAAGAAGGAGCUAUUUUAUUUGUGAACGAUUAACAUUAUUGAAAAAUUUCUAGUUCACCUCGAAUAUAGCUAAUAAGAACAACUUAACGAAAUAAAGGCUUUCCAAUAUUUAAAAAAAGUUUUAACAGUUACAUACUCAAUAGAAUUUAAGAUAUUGUCUUUGGAUUUUUAUACCAAAUACAAUUAGUUUUAAAUAAUUUAAAGUUAUUAAAUGUUUUCAAAUAUUUUGUAAGAAUUUAUUUAGAGCCUUAGCAGUUAUUAAAAUUUGUACAAAUGUUUGAGUGGUUUAGUUUAGGUCUUUUUUAGUGAGUUGUGAUGUUUACAGUAUUUAAUUAAUUUUAAUAUUAGACUAAUUCUGAGAUUAAAACGCCCCUGGUGUUCACUAGCUAGAUCAGUUCAGUGUUUAAAAUAAUGUUUUGUGCCUGUAGUAUAAUAUUAAGGAAAAAUGUAAAUAAAAAUAAAUUGUAAUAAAGAAGA